AUGACCUGUCGUGAUCUACAAAAAUUUCUUGAUGAUGCAACCGAAGGAGCCAUAUAUAUGAGUUUUGGAACAAAUGUACGCAGCGACAAAUUGUCAUUGGCGAAAAGGAAAGAAAUUCUCGAGGCAUUUGCCGAACUUCCUCAAAGAGUAUUGUGGAAGUUUGAAUCAGACCUGCCAGAUGUGCCCAAAAAUGUGAAAAUCAGCAAGUGGUUGCCACAAAACGAUGUGCUAGAUUAUUCUGUUAUGCAAUAG